AUGGCGCCGCGGGCACCACCGUGCAGCCCUUGGCGAUCUCAGCUACAGGAUGCUCCCGGCCGCCAGGCUCCUAGCGGGCCGGCGCAUGGUCCCCCAGGGCCGCAGCUGCGGGAAAGGGAGAUACAGGCUCAGAAGGGUUCUCCCCGGAACCCAAACUUGGGCGAAGUUUCAUCCCCGGCGCAGAGCGAGCUGGCCCCGCGCAGUCCGCGGCGCCAGAGAACCAAGCCCGGGAGUCGCAGCCGCAGCCUGAGCCGGAGCUGCGAGGACGCAGACAAAGCCUGGAGGCUAGGCGCGGCGGUGGCGGCGGAGGUGGUGGUUGAUGUGGCCGCGGCGGCCGCGGGCUCGGGUGCCACUUACCCGGCAGGUGCGCGCCCGGGCGGAGCGGGAACAGAGCGGAUCGAGCCCGAGCCGGGGCCGGGGCCGGGGCCGGGGCUGCGGCCGGGGCCGGAGCCGGAGCCGGAGCCGGGGCAGAGCUGGGCGGGUGGCCGCUGUCUCAGUGCGCCCGCCGCCUCCUCUGCUGCCGUGCCUCGCUGCGCCGCCCGCCGGGAUGCCUACCAGCCCGCCGGAAAGAGGCUCAAGCUGAAAAUAAAGAAGCUAGUGGGCCAGCCCAGCCCACAGGACGGGAGCACCGUGCAGGGAGGACGCGCUGAAAGGCUGUGGGGUGCGCUGAAAUUGCGCCUGUACCGCCUGGCACAGCGCCUGGACCAGAGGGGUUUCAGUCAGCUGCAGGACCCCCCUCCUGGCCAUCCCUCUCCCAGACUCUCAGCUGCCAUUGAUCUCUUCAUCUGCCUCCCAGCUCCCGGCCAGGCCACCCUGUCUGUCUGCCUGGCUCCAUCUCGCGUCUCUGUACAGCACCUCAUCCCUCACCACAGCCCAGAGGCUCCCCCAGGCCUGAGCGCAGCAGUGCCCCUCCUGUCCUCCUUUAGGUCCAUUUCAAGCUUCCCGGAUCCCCUGUUAGUCCCUAGGGCCAAGCAGGUCCCCACCUCAGGGAGGCUGCCUGAGGGCCUCUCCUUGCAGCACAGACAUGACCACGUGGUCACCCUGGAGCCUGCUGCAUGGUCUGGGCUGUCGGACCAGGCCCCUGCUCGGAUCUGGGCUGCCCUCACCCCCAGAGCUGUGGUGGAGCCCCGACGCUCUGUCGGCACCCCAGAUGUCCCCAUCACCCUGUCCUUCCUGCCCAGCCUGAGUGGCAGGGCCUUGGCCACAGGCCACUGUGGUGUGGUCCGGGUGGACAGAGCCCAAACAGAGGAGAGGGGUGGGCUCGUGACCCAGUCAUGGGAACAGGAAAGGGAGGCCAGGAGGCAGGGCAGGAAGGCUCUGUCUUGGUGCCCUGGCCUGGUUCACUUGGCUUUGGCAGAAUCCAAGCAGCUGAGGGACUUAGGUGCCGAAUGGGCAGAAGUGUACUCCCGGAGGAAUUCCGCAGGGGAAGUGUCCUCCGUCAUGAGGGGCUUGCUUUAG